GCGGUAUUUUAUGCUGUCCACACGCUUUUCCUAACCUAAAUCACCGUCUCCUACCUCCUAACCCAACUUUUACUAAAGCAACAACAAUUUCUUUUUUGCACAGUUUUCCUUUUAUUUUUAGCAUCAUUUUAUAGAAAAAACUCCGUUUAUGUUACCGAGCCUAAUUCCAAUAUGGAAAAAAGCGUAAUUGAGAAAUACGAAAAGCAAGCAGCUCAAGCAGAGGAGGAAAUAAACCUUCUAAGAAGUCAAUUAGAAAACAUUGAAACCUGCAUAAAAAACAACACAGUCGAACAUUUAGAUCCUGAAAUUGCCAAACUUGUAACCGAAAAUACCAAACUGAAACAUCGAUUGGCUAUUUUGAAUAGGGCAAUUAUGGAGGAAUCCUCAAAAACCCCUAACGCACGGGGUGCAUUACCGAGUAUUCUUAAAACACUUAAUGCCUUAUUUUUGGGGGCGAUUCAAGCCGCCUGCCCCGAUAUAGCCGAGCCCCCUGUAGAUAUCGCGUUGUCCAGUGCUAAUUCCAAGUUUGGUGACUAUCAAUGCAAUUCUGCCAUGUCUUUGGCCAAUAUGUACAAACAGAUUGGCAAGAAGGUUCCUCCAAGGGAGAUCAGCGCUAAAAUAGUAGAGAACCUUCCUCCCCAUGAGCUGAUCGAUCACGUAGAGAUCGCAGGACCAGGUUUUAUAAACAUUUACCUUAGCAAGGAGUAUGUGAGGAAAGCGAUAAGUUCGAUUUUGUUGAACGGAGUGCAGCCCCCACCGUUACAAAGGAAACUGAGAGUUUUGGUGGAUUUUUCUUCGCCAAAUAUUGCGAAAGAAAUGCACGUGGGGCAUCUUAGGUCUACGAUUAUCGGGGACAGUAUUUGUAGGCUCUUAGAGUUCUUGGGUCAUGACGUGAUUAGGAUAAACCACUUGGGAGACUGGGGCACCCAAUUCGGCAUGCUAAUAGCCCAACUGCAAGAGAAAUACCCGGAUUACCUGAAACAGGCCCCACCCAUAAGCGAUCUACAAGCGUUUUACAAAGAAUCCAAGAAACGUUUCGAUGAGGACGAGGAAUUUAAAAAGCGCGCUUAUGCCAGCGUGGUAAAGCUCCAAUCGCACGAUCCCGAUCAUAUUAAGGCUUGGGAACUUAUCUGCGAUGUGUCCAGACGAGAUUUUCAAAAGAUAUACGACCGUUUGGAUAUUAAGUUGAUAGAGAGGGGUGAAUCGUUUUACCAGAGCAGAAUGGAGAAUAUAGUGAGAGAAUUGGAAAGCGCUGGGUUGCUGCAAGAGGACGAGGGCAGAAAAGUGAUGUGGGGUAAGUUAUGGUACCGUUUUACUUCCGGUACCUUUAUAUGUAUUAAUAUUGCAGGUGAUACCAUUAAGAUUCCCUUGACGGUGGUGAAGUCCGACGGGGGUUUUACUUAUGAUACAUCGGACAUGGCCGCCAUAAAGCAACGAAUUGAGGAAGAGAAAUGCGAUUGGGUGAUUUACGUGACGGAUUCGGGCCAAGCGACGCACAUUUAUAAUAUUUUCGAUUGCGCCAAGAAGGCUGGCAUUUUGGAUCCGAGUAAAAUAAGGACGGACUUCGUAGGCUUCGGAGUGGUGCUGGGCGAAGACAAAAAAAAGUUCAAAACGCGCUCGGGCGACACCGUACGCCUCCUGGAUCUGCUCGACGAGGGUCUGAAACGUUCCGAGGCGAAACUCAAGGAGAAAGAAAGAGACAAAGUGCUGACCGCGGAGGAGCUACGUCAAGCCCAAGAAUCGGUCGCUUACGGUUGCAUCAAAUACGCCGACUUGUCGCACAACAGAAAUCACGAGUACGUUUUUUCGUUCGAUCGCAUGUUGGACGACAAAGGCAACACCGCGGUGUAUCUUUUGUACGCUUAUACCAGGAUCAGGUCGAUUGCUCGGAACGCGAACUUUACCCCCGAGAAAAUUACGGAGUUGGCCCGGGAUAGUGCGGCGUCUUUGGAGCACGAGAAGGAGUUGAAACUCGCUAAAGCUCUGGUGCGUUUCUCGGACGUGUUGCUUAAAAUAACGGAGGAUCUUUGCAUGCAUCAUUUGUGCGAGUACGUGUAUCAUAUCGCCACGAGUUUUACCGAGUUUUACGAUUCUUGCUAUUGUAUCGAGAGGGAUUCUUCAGGGGAUAUCGUCAAGGUUAACGUGGGGAGGAUCUUGUUGGCCGAAGCGGCCGCGAUGGUUAUGGACGGGUGUUUUAACAUUUUAGGGCUUAAACCCGUGUCUAGGAUGUAGGCAAUAAAUAACAGAUUUUUCUA